AUGAAUAAUUAUUUUAUGUUGAUUGAUAAUUAAUUUCUACAUAAUCAUGUCCAAAUUAAACAAAAACGAUAAGCCCCAAAAACUGAAAGAAUGUCCUUGAAGUUGACUAAUGUGUCACCUAUUCGCAGUUUUCAUGAACGUGACCAAUUAGAGUAACUAAUUAAAUAGAGCAUUUAAAAUCCAAAGAACAUCAAUUGUCUUUUGAAUGAAUUUUUAUCUCGAAAAUAAGAAGAAAGCAGAAUAAGAGUCUAUUCACAACCUCAGAUCUAAGCUGGCGAAUGUUCACCUUAUAAAAGAGUAAUCAAGUAGAAAGCAACAAGCAGACGAAGCAGCAAAGAAAAACAAAUAGAUAGUACUCCCAUUUCACCCAACACUUCGCUUACAUUUAAGAAACAAGUCACUAUUCACAUCGAAUCAACUUAUUCAUAAAGAAAAUAACUAAAUAUUUCUAAACUAUCAACUAAUGAUUUGAUCUAAUAUCAUAAGCAACUGAUUUAAAGGGCUUAAAAAAUGUUACUUAGUGCAUAAUUUAAGCGAUCAAAAUGA